UGCACUGGGGCCUGAUUCCGAGGGGGGGAAGGCCUGGGCCCAAGCCCCGAACUCAAGUUAGAAGUUGCAGCCGUCUGGGAGCGAGAGCCUCCCCCCCCCCUCACCCCGCCCAGCCCAGCGCCCCGGAGCUCCUGCUGGGUCUGAACCCCCUUUCCCCACCCCUCACGGUGGGGCCUCGGGCUGGGGCUGGGCUGGGCUGGGGCUGAGGCCGAGGCCUGCGCCUGUCGCCGGGGUGUGUGUGGCCGAUGAGGCGGAGAGGCCAAGACCCUGGCCGGGCCAGCCCUGGAGCCUGAGCCCCCUUCCCCUCACCCAUCCCCCGUACACUCCCCCUCCCCACCUUCCCCGCACACAGAGGGAGGCGAUGUGGGCGCCGACGGCCGAGGCCACCUGGGAGGCUGCAGCCCUGGACUCUGCCCCCACCGUACCCUGAGGAGUGCAGUCUGCAGUCACAAUGCCAGAAAUGACAGAAAAUCAGACACUGCUGCGCAGAACUCACAGGAAGAAAAAUCGAGAAACACACAAUGCAGUGGAAAGACAUCGAAAGAAGAAGAUUAACUCUGGAAUAAACAAAAUUGGAGAACUUAUUCCGUGCUCUCCUGCUUUGAAACAGAGUAAAAACAUGAUACUAGAUCAAGCAUACAAGUACAUUUCAGAGCUGAAAAGACAGAAUGAUGAAAUUCUUUUGAAUGGAGGAACCAAAGAACAAGGUGAAGAAAUUGUCAGACUACGGAAGCAGCUGGAUGAUCUACAGAAAGAAAAUGACCGUUUUAUGGAAUUACUGAAAGCUAAUGACAUCUGCUUGCAUGAUGACCCUACCAUCCACUGGAAGAGGAAAUUCAAGGGUACAAAAGUUACUAUGAUGAUUUCUCCCAGCCAAGUGCAAGAGGAUAUACUCAUCUACACAAACGGAAACCAACUGAAUGGGAAUUGCCACCAGGCUACAGUACAGAGUUCACCCGAGCUAACUCUGAACACCCUGAAGAACACUACUCAAGAAACAAGUCUUGAUAUAAUGAUGCCCAUGGCAAUGCCUGAUAUCGGCCCAGUGGCAAAUGGGGUCCAACUUCAGACACGGAUCUCUCAGCAGGAAAUUCCUGAAUGCCUCCCUACAGCUCGAACUUCUCUGAACACUGCACCGUGCACCACCGCCAUGAGCACGGUUCAGAGCAUGCUGAACGUUUCCAGCAACAGCACUGGUCCUGUGCUGCUUCAGUGCCCUGCCAGCACCUGUGCAUUAACUCCCUUAGCCUGUCCAGUAAGCACCUCUGCACAGGUUGUGCUGCAAUGUUCACAAGCCAGAUAUGGACGGAGCACCUCGGAAGCUGCCAGCGGAUGUCCUAUCCCGAAUGUUUCUGCAAACACCUGCCUUGCUUUGCCCUUGCAGCAGAUGGGGACGAUGUGCGUGGGUGUGGAGUGUCCUGGUGGGACGACACAGCAAACCGUUUUGGGGUCGACGUCAGCCAGCGUCCAGAGCUCGGAGAUGAGGUCCACAAAAUGGCCCAUCAGCGAAUGCCCGCAGAACGUGACGGUGCCAAACAUUUGCCAAAAUUCGCCCGCGUUGGUCCGUGGUUUGCCACUGCCCUUCAAAGUUGGAGCAACGUGUCACAGCGGUGUGAUGUCGUCCUGUCCCGCGGCCAGCUCGUGGACAGUGUCCUGCCCGGCUUCCACCAACACCUGUGCUUCUAACUCAAACAGUCUGGGUGCUUUCACAUGCAUGACCUUCGCGGGUAACACACGGACAACAUGGACCACGCUACAGCUGGCGGGCAACACCGUGCACCCUGUCAGCCAGGUGAGCUGCAGCAUCUUGCCAACCACAUCGAGUGAGAAUGUGAAUGCCAGGAAUACCUACCCCGCCUCGGCCGGACAGGUGGGAGCGGGCUCCUCUGCGCUUCACGGGGUGUCCUUCUGCUCCAGGCAGCUCAGCCAACAGCUGCCCGUUAGCCUCCAGGCCCCGGCGCAGCCCGUCCUGGGCCAGCCCCACGUCCCAGCUCCCACUACUGCCAAGGUGGUGUCGCUGCUCCCCCCCUUGCAGGUGAUUCAGAUGGCCCACCCCCCAGGGGCGCCCGACCCCACCUCCCCAAACAGCCAGAAGCUGAUCAUCCUGCAGCCGGCCAAUGCCAGCUCGCCGGCACUGGUCAGGGGGGCCAUCAACAGCCAGGCUCCGGGUCAGCAGAUUGUCAUCAUACAGGCCGCCAGUCAGAGCACGGUGUCGGUGGUCCCCAGGCCGGCCCCCACCCUCGACUCCAGUCAGGGUGGGGGCAGCAGUGGUCCGAGCACGCCGGCUGGUCAGACAGUCGGAGGGAAGCACCUGGUCCACAUCCUGCCCCGCCCCGUCCCCGCGUCCGCCCCCAGCGGCUCGCCGGCGUCCGCGGCCGCCGCCCAACAGCAGCAGACCAUCUCCGUCAACGGGCAGCUCUUCGCCCUGCAGCCGGUCAAGCAGGCCGGGGGGUCCGGCCACACCAUGCACGUGAUCCAGCCCACCACCAGCGCUGACCCACACACCAACGUGGCCCUCAACACCUUCGGCGCGCUCACCAGCCUGAGUCAGAGCGUGUCGCAGAUGGCAGCCCCCAGGGCGGUGCCCACUGCCCGGUCCGCCAGCCCCUCGGGAGCCUGUGUCCCUGUCCCGGCAGUGAGCAGCCCCCACACCAGCGGCCAGCCCACCCCUGCCCACACCAGCCACCCCUCAGCCCUCAGACCCGCCCACGGCGCCCCCCACCCCUCCAAGCCCAGGAAGGCGCAGAAGAAGCCCCUCUCGGGGAAGCAGGGGCUCCCCAGGCGGGUCCCGGCUCCCGGCCACAGGCUGCGGGACCCCUCCAGCGCCGCCCCUCACCAGCCCGCUCCACCCGAGCAGGCGUGGCCAGCAGGCGGCUCCGCCGCACCUCACCCCCACCCGCCGGCCGGGGCGAACCCCGCCGCCGCCGCCUCCCCCGAACCGACGCCGGUGAGCGAGGCGGCACCGCCGGCCGCCGAGGGUCCGGGGGAGACCCCCGCGCCGCCAGCCGCCCCCUCGCCCCCCGCCCAUCGGCCCAGAGACGACGCCCCGUCCCCGGCUCACUGCCGCGCCGCGCCCCCGCAGGGUCCGGGGGAGGCGGGGGGCUGGCAGCUGGAGUCGCUGGCGGCGGCGGCGCAGCACCAGGGCCGCGGGGGCACGGAGGCGGCCGGCGGCUGCCCGUCCCCCGGCGGACACCAGCCCCCGCCUCCCCCGGAGCCCGACGGCCAGAGCGGCCCGGGCAGCGGCCGCGGCUUCUCGGUGGCCUCCCUGCUGCCGGACAGUGCGCGGGAGGACGGCGCCUUCGCCGCCUACGGCCUGCCCGACCACAGCGACAUCGUGGCCCUGGCCGCCCGGGCCAUCUUCGAGCAGGAGAGCCCGGGCAAGGGCGCGGCCCCGGGGGCGGACAAGGGCAGGGACGGGGGUCCGGGCUUGCAGCCGGAGCUCGGCGUCGGGGCGGAGAGGAGCGUGCGGGAGGCUGCAGCCGCCGCCCCCCCAGCCCAGGCUCCGGCCACGGUGACCGCCCAGACCCCCGCCCCUGCUGCCCCGGGAGCCCGCCCGCCCGCGCCCCCGCCCCGCCCCGCUGUGCCGAGCCAGGGCCACAGCUGCCCGGGGCUGGCGGGAGACGUGGCCGGCGUCCCCGCCGCCUACCCGGAGCAGCGGGAGAACCCCCUCGACCCGAAGCCGGGCGCCGAGCCGCGGAAGGACGCGGCCAAGCGCACGGGGCCGGCCGACCACCUGCUGUCCGGCGCCAAGCGCCACAAGCAGUGCCCGGGCGGCGGGGCGGCGCGGCCGGACGGCAAGGCGGGCGCCCCGGCGGAGCGGCCCUUCCCGCCGCAGCUGCCCGCCAGCUCCUCCGGCGACGCCCUGGGCGCCUUGUUCCCCAGCGCCGGCCUGCUGGGCCCCGGCCCCGCGCCCGAGGCUCCGUGCGGCGGGCCGCCGGCCGGCCAGGUGCCGCCUCAGGCCCCCCCGCUCCACGGGCACUCCUUCUACAAGCAGCCCCGCGACCGCCACCCGUACCCGCAGCAGCAGCCGCACCUCCCGCACGCCGAGGGCCCGGCGCACGGCGCCCAGCUGCAGAAGAAGCGGGGGCUGGUGAGGACGGGCCAGGCGCUAGCCCUGCCGCAGAAGCAGCCGGGCGCCGGCGGGCCGAGCCGCCACAAGGGCGCCCAGCCCCAGCCCCAGGCGCCGCUGCUCCAGCACUGCUUCGGCGGCGCGCACCCCGACAAGAGGUGCGAGAACGCGCCGGGCGGCCGGGGCGCGCACCCGCAGAGCCUGCACGGCCCCGAGCUGUUGCGCCAGCACCAGGAGGGCGGGCGGAGCGGCCCCUCCGCCGACCAGGUGCCCGGACACCACCCCCGCGCCCAGCGGCUGCUUACCCCGCGCUCGCUGGAGCACCAGCUGGCGGCCAAGGGCAGCCCGGCGCCGCGCCCGGCCGAGCUGCAGUGCCCACCCCAGCCCCAGCCCCAGCGCCCGGAGAGGAACCGCAUCUCCAGCUACUCGGCCGAGGCGCUGAUCGGCAAGCCGUCGAGCGCCGAGUCCCGCCUGGCGCUGGCCAUGCAGAGCCCGCGGGCCGGCGCCGAGCAGCCGGAGCUGCGCACCUACCUCGACCUGUCGGUCAGCAAGAGCCUGGCCGUGGCCGGGCUGCAGCCCAAGCUCGCCCUCGACCACUGCAUGGCGCCCGACGUGCAGGCGCUGUCCGACUGCCCGCCCUUCAAGGCGGCGGGCGUGCCCGGCCAGGCCGUCGGCACCUUCGAGGCGCAGCCGCCCCGCGGCGGCGACAUGGGCGGCGGCGUGGCCGGGCACCGGGGCCUCCCGGCGGCGCACGGCUUCAGGCUAGCCCAGGGCGCGGCGGGGGCCGAGCGGCAGGGCCGGCUGCCCUACCUGCCCAUGCAGGGGAUCCCGGCGGCGGCGGCGGGCGCGGCCCCGCUCCGGGACGCCGACGGCUCCUGCCACCAGGGCUUCAUGCAGAGCCUGCUGCCGCCUGCCCUGGCCGAGCAGCUGGGCGGCGGGCAGAGGGCGGCGCCCGAGCACGCCCGGAGCACGCAGUGCGCUCCCGCCGGCCCCGGCCUCGAGUACCCGUGCGCGCCGGGCAGGGAGGCGGCGCCGAGCCGGGAGGGCUGCGAGCUGAGCCUGGGCGCGCUGGGUGGGCGCAGCCUCCCCUACCCCAACCCGUCCUCCGUGCCCGACAUCCAGGGCCGCAACAGCAGCCCGGGCGCGGCCCCGGCCAAAGCCGCGCUCGCCCCGGCCAACAAGUGCCACGCCAGCCCGCAGCUGCCCUCCGGCCUGCCCGCAGGGGUGAGGGCGGCGCUGGCGCACGGAGCCGAGCGGCCCCACCCGCUGCAGCCGCCGCGGGCCCGGCACCCGGCCUCGGCCGCCAAGCUGCGGCAGGGCGAGCGGCCGCGCUCGGGCGGCCCGCGGGGCGCCGAGGUGCUGGAGCGCGGCUUGCAGCUGCCCCUGCCCUCGGGCGGCGGCAUGAUGCUGUCCCGCCAGCAGCCGGGCGCCGGGCGCGCCGCCAGCAUCGUGCGCUUCGUGGCCGACGGCCAGCAGGGUCCCGGCGAGAACCUGGCGGCCGAGCAGCACUCGCUGUCGCAGGGCUUCGGCUUCCCCUUCAUCGGCGAGGGCGGCAUGAACCCGCCGCUCAGCGCCAACCCGCCCUUCAUCCCCCCGGUCACGCAGCCGGGCGCCAACCGCACGCCCGCCCUCCUCCCGGUGGAGCCGCAGAACCCGCUGCCCUCCUUCUACCCGUCCUACUCGCCGGCGCACCCCACCCUCUCCAACGACCUCUCCCUCCCCUUCUUCUCCAACCAGAUCUUCACCAGCCCCAGCACCGAGAAGGCCAGCAACCCGUUCGGCUCCAUCCUCUCGCCGCCGCGGCCGGUCGGCUUCCCGCAGCCCAGCUUCCCGCUGCUGCCCGACAUCCCGGCCAGGCCGAUGGCCAACAGCUCCAGCAUCACCCCACACCUGUCCAACUUCAACCUGACCACCCUGUUCCCCGAGAUCGCCGCCGCGCCCCUCGCCGCCGACACCCCCGCCAUGCCCAUGUCGCCCUUGUUGCCUUUGACCAACCCUGCCCUCUCCGACGUCUCCAAGCAGCACUCCAACAGGUCGGCGCACAACAUCAGCCACAUCCUGGGCCACGACGGCAGCUCCGCCGUGUGAAGCCGCCCGCUGCACCCCCCCGCCCGGCCCGGCCCGGCGGGCUUGGAACCCUCCCCACACCCUGCAGUUGGUGCACAAGUUAGUCCACACACUGUUAGUGCACAAGGGCCCUGCAGUCAGCCCCCUCCCAACCAGCCUUCCAGCCGCACAUCCCGUCAAGUGCACAGGAUGCUCCUUGUUUGGUUCCCUGUGUGGGCUGGAGGAGUGGGAGUGAGGGAGUUGGUGGGGGUGCGGAUGUCAGGGGAGUGAGUUGGACAAGGGAAGAAGCGGCAGCCAGCUGUUCCCAUCACCUCCAAAGUACCAAAGUGUUCCCAAUGCUGGUGGCAAGGACGGCUUUCCAGAACGUUGGGCAGAAUAACUUGUAUUCCCACAGCUCCCGAUAGAUACUGUAUCAUAUAGAUUUUUACUACAUAUUAAUGGUAGGACUGAAUGAUUAAGGUGUAAAUAUGUGCAGACGGCAGACGGAUUGUUUCAGCAACCAGUACCUGUUGGGUUUGAUGUUAACCACUGUUUUGAGCAUGGAGCAGUGUGGUAGUUUUUUUUGCCGAGCAGGUUGGCUUUUUGCUCUCCUUAUCAACAGCUCAGUGUUCAGGAGCAAGAAGUGAUGUGGACCUGAGCACUCCACAUUUUCCUUAAUGCCCGGAUUCAUUCCCAAAACUGCUAUACAAUCCCUUCCUCAAUGGGACAAAUCUCUUCAAGAAUUAUGCCCAUCAGAUCAAAUUUUCCUGAGUAAAGUGGAUAAUUUGACACCCACCCAUGUAUUUAAAGUACAAGGCAACCAGUAAUUCAGCAUGAGGCAGAGGAGAGACAGAGGGGCAUUUGGUGUUUAUUUCAUGGAUGAGGGUCUGAAUUUGCAUGUUGUAUAAAAUAUUUAAAUAAAAAAAUUCUAGUUACUUUCCAUAUAAAUGUAUUUUAGUUUGCCUUAUUGUAAGGUACUUUAAUAUAUUCUGUUUUAAUGGGAAGUAGGGCACCCUCUCCACAGGAAACUGAUGGAAACUUGUCUUGAACAAUGAUUUAAGUUUGGUGGCUGUUGCAGCCACGGCUACCUUUAAAUGGCACCUUUUAUCAGCGUGACUCACUGGCACUUUAAGGCAACAUAUCUGGCCCCAUUCUUAGGAGGUGAGGCCACUUGAGUUUCGCUCCACUUCUUCACCUUGGAAUAUUUGUGGUACCUUGUGUGCCUCAUGCCUUGAAGCAGAAUGUGCAAUGAAUCAGUAUGUUCUCCUUCACCUCUGGAGCAGGAGUCUCAUCCUUCCUGUUGACUGUGGGCUUGUGGGAGAGGUUUGCUGCUGGUUUGUAACACAUGUCAAAGUGCCUGUAAUGUAACAGAGCCACCUGAUAGGCCAGACAGCAUGGAUGGUGUGGGCAGAGUAUACAAGCAUUGCACUUGCUGCCUCCAGUGCUAGGCUGUGGUUGGGGUUACAUCUCAGUUGUUUAUGGGCUGCGUCUAACCUGGGACUGUUGUGAUAAAAGUUCAGAAAAGGUGCUGUUCAUCAACACUGUGUGCAGAGAAAUUUACCUAAAACUACACAUGCUGAAGUGGUCUGUGACAGUAGUACCUUUCUCACUCGGCUAGGUUUACUACUGCUGAGCAAUAUAUGCAAAUCAGAGAUUAUUAAAGAAGAAAUUUAAUCUACAGCUUCAGUCCCCACUACUAUCAGAAACUACAUGUGACCUAUUCUUCUUGGAGAAAUUUUACUUGCUCAAAUUAGAUCAUUAUAAAACUAGCCUGUUUAGACAUCUUUUACACAGACUAGCUCUUGUGUUUCCCUUUGUCCAGCACUCUGGAAUCAUAGAGUCAUACAGCACGGAAACAGACCCUUUGGCCUAACUGGUCCAUGCUGACCAAGAUGCCCCAUCCAAGCUAGUUGCUUUGCAUCAACAUAAACACCUUGUUGGGUAAAUGGGACAUGAGCAGGUUUAUGGUUCCAUCGUGUCUCACUGGCAAUUUGGAAUCACUGUUAAAAUAAAACAAAAUUACAUGCACCUCCAUUUAUGGAACUAAUGUAAUAGAAUUCACCAUUUAGAAUGCAACUUUUUUUCCAGAAGUGACAUAGUGAUACUUUGUUCGUGUUGCAUAUAUUUGGGAAGACAUAAUCUUAAGCAUUAAAGAAAAGUCUUAUCUAUACUAGGAUUGACAGGAGAAUUCCAUUGCAACAGCUAUUAUGUCCAUUGAUGAUAGUUUGAGCGAAUGUUAUGUGGGCUCCUUGAAUUGUCAUCAGUAUCUGUACAGGAAUCUUGCUUCUUAAACUGACAAGGAAGCAGAGCCUACAUAGCUCAUGAUAUUCUGAAAAUCCAUUCAAAUCUGUAAAAUUAAACCAUUCUAAAAGUUGCAAAGUCAGAUAUCUAAAGAUAAAGGAUCUAUUCAUAAUCAAAUUCUGAAUAAAAUCCCAGUCUCCCCCCCCCCCCCCCCCCCCCCCCCCCCCUUAUCAUCCUGUGCACUGAUGUAGCUUCCCGGUGCCUGUGCACCCCUCCAUUGAUGCAAUGUCCCAGCUCUUCAUCAAAAGUUAACACCCACAUCUCACCCCAGCUCCCACUCUCUUCAGCAGAGCUUUGCCUUGUGUCGCCACUUGAAAGAACUUAAUUUGUUAACAAAAGGUGGAAUGGGAGGAGCCCUUUCCUCAGGCUAACAGAAUCACAUUCUCAGAAACUACAUGUCCUGGGAUUUGGGUUGCCCAUGGGACAUAGAGAGGUUGAAAUUGGUAUAAAGCAGCUGACAGUAAAUCAGUAACUGGCUUUGCAUGCUGACCAAGCUUCAUCUCCAUGGAUGUCACAAGGAAAGAAAAGUGAGCUGUAAAAUUGUCCUUAUUGGGUGAAAAACCCAUUUCACACCUACUGAUAAAGUCCAGUUUCAAAACUGCACAGAAGGAGACUGUUUUGUCCAUCAUGACUGUGCCAACUUUUUGAAACAACUUUCCAAUUAGACUCACUCUCCUGCCCUUUCCCUGUGGUUCAGUGCAUUUUCCCCUUCAUUGCCCUUUGAAAGUUCCUUUUGCAUCUGCUUCCAGACUGCUUGUUCCUCACUGCAUAAGAGGAAGGAACCCCCACCCCCAACUCCCCACUGAAUCUUAAAUCUGUAUCUUCUGAUUAUUCGUUUCCCUGUCAGUAGAAACAAUUUAUCCCCAUCUCCUCUGACAAAAAGUUCUUACCGAUUUGAUGACUUUAAACUUCUGGCUCCUCUGAGGGUUGGUAGCUGCUACUGAGGACACUUAAAUAUUGGUUGUGAAUGUGAAUCACUGCCCUUCACAAUUGAACCACAUUCCCCACAUUGGCUUUGUUCCUUAAAAAGGUUAAAAUCCUCAUUUUAAAUCCAGCCUUGGCUUGGGUUCACCUUCUUCAGGCUGGCUUUGCGCAACCUUUGGUCCUCUGCCUGUGGUCUUUUGUCGUGGGUCUCUGUCUUGUCAUCUCGCCACUGGUGGUGGGGCUUUAGUGGCCUUGUUUUUAAUGCAUCCUUCGUGAACAACUCCCUAUUCUCCCUUAAGGGCCCAUUUCUUGGAUAAACCCUUCACCACUUCUUCAAGCACUAUUACCAGCACUACCACCCCAACCCCAACGCACCUUGGAACUUUUUCCUUUAAAUAUAUGCAGAUAUUAUAGUCAGAAUGUUUACUCACUGAUAUUGGGCACCUUUACUUGAAGCAAAGAUAGACCGCAUUAGAGGGAUUGUUGCAGAUGAAAACAGAAUAAAGACCGUAAACAAACUACAAGUUUUAAACUUUUCUUCAACAAACAGUGUUCUUAUGUCAACACUGUGUCAGCCAGUUUCAUAGUAAACUCUGUUGUGCCAUAAAGAAUUCAGUUUACCUGGAAAACAAAGAGUGGAAGAAUCGGUAACCAUGGCAACUUCUCCCAACAAAAACCAGGAAUUUCUCCAGAAUAAUGAGAGGAAGAUACUUGCAUGUAAGUUUUAUGCCUAAAAGUCACUCACCAAAUGGAUUAACAGUGGAAUUUCCAUUCUGACUGACCAUAUCAUUAUCAAUAUAUACAGCCUUUUAUAAAUAAAACUGUAUGCUGGAUUUUAUAUUAAAGCUAAGUGCAAAUUCCAGUGCAUCCACCUGAUUUGUACCUAUUACCCCUGACUCUGAGGUAAUAAUGCUGACAAUGUUGAUACACAGAUGUCAUCAGAUAUUAAUCUGGAGUCUGCCCUUGGAUGGUUUUUGUGUGAUUAUUGUCAUGGUUGAGAGAUCUUAGUGGAACACUUUACUCUGGGCACCCAGCAUCAGUAUCAGACAUUUCUAGGUCCCUUCACUCCAGAGUGUGGUUCUGUCCAGUCUAUCAGGGUGGCUUCUUUCCUGAUUUACACACCCCCUCAGCUGACCUGUUUGAGUCGUGAUCAAAUGAAAACAGCUUUACUCUUGCUAAUCAACACCUCACCUCAGGACGCAGGAGGCAACAGGCAGAUGUCUGUGUGUCCACUCCGGGGAUAGUUUCCAAAGGGGAUCCUGGUCAGUGCUCGCUCCUCCCAGUUCUAAGCAGCUUUACCAGCCUGUGGGUUACAGACAGGGGACUGAGUCUCAGUAAGAUCGAUUUUUCUAAGAACUGGCAUGGACAAAUAAUCCCCUGCACUGGACGUUUCUGUGAUUCUAUAAGAUUCAUAGUACACUCUUGCUGAACAAAAAUGUGGUGCUGAAUUGGACUUGAACUACUUGAACACAUUAUUUAGGUUUUAACGAUCACCACCGCUCCAAUUCUAUCUUUUACAUGUUUUAUAUAUAAGCUAGUACCAUCUCUUGUGGAUAGAUGUGACCACUUAAGCAGUCCCCACAAUGAGAAACAUGCCUGUGAUCACAGUACUAGUGCUCAACUCCACACGGUUUAAUCCAGUACUGGUCGUGCUGAUGCAAACUUAUGGUUAAACACAUGUGGAAACUGCAAAACCAUCCAAUCUAAGUUGUUUUCCUUAAAUUCAACACCAACUCCUCGUUCCUUUAAAAGUUUUCUGUGAAGGCUUUUUGACACAGUGUAAACAUACAAAGCCUCUGCAGAAGUGAUGUGGAGUUAGAGCGCACACAGGUUCAUUAACAGUAAACCAGACCUGGUCCUUACAUUUACUGGUUAGAGGAGUUCAAUGAGUCUGGCUUAUGUGACUUCUUAAAAAUAGAAGUUAUCUUUUCCUUCAACCUGCUCAAAGUUCCUUAAAAUAUUUUUUCUUUUAUUUUGUAAAGUAAAUUGUGAUAUUCCAGAGUAACUUGCUCAUGUUAGCAAUUGAAAGGUGACAGAUGAUUCCAUUAUUACCUACACUAACCUGAUAGAAACAAACUGGUUGAAAGUGAUGGUGUAAGAAUGGAAUAUAACCUGUCAUCCAAGGUUUGUAUUAGGUUUGAGCUACUUAGUGCUUGAAAAGUAUACAGAACUACAGGAUGGGUUAAACAUUCAAAAGUAUAUUUUUUUAGCAGAUGUUUUUGUGACAUUUGAAUUUUUUUAUUAUAAUGCUGUUCAGGCAGAAGAAGGCUUCGAUAAAGCCUGUUGCAAAGGGGUUUUACCUGUCCCUCAGUCUUCACCAAACAGGAACUGCCAGCAACUGCAGUCUUUUACUUUUUAAAGUUAGUUAUCCUUCAAUCAGACAGUGUGAGUUCAAAGAGAAGUCAUCUAAACUUUCAGGAAGUUGUAAGUUGUGUCGGGGGGGGGGGGUGUUGUGAGUUGAACUGUAUUGACACCUGCACAAUUGUACAGUGACACUUUAGGAGAGUGGUUGGUGUACACAAUGCCUUUGUUACCUAUUUUGUUCUUUAGUGUCUUCAGCACUGAAGACCCUGCAAUGUAUAACAGAUGAUCACCACUCUAAUCUCCAUGUCGAUCAGGUUGUGAAUAUAUUUAAAUAUUUCUAAAACAGGUGAUAUACUUGAUUCUGUAUGUAUUCAAUUAUGUUAAUUUUAUUGGGAAAUUUUCUAAUGUUUUUGUAAAUACUUGUGAAUAAACAUUU